CUGUAGUUUAGCGCAAACGAGAUUACUUUGCCCGGUCCUGAGCUCCGGGACGCCUGGGUGCUGCGCGAUGCGAGCCAGCCGAGUUCAGCUAAUGGAUGCGGAAAAGCUGUCGAAGAUGUCAGCAGAUAUACCAUUAAAUAUUAAUAUCAAGGAGCCCCGAUGGGAUCAAAGCACUUUUGCUGGACGAGCCAAUCACUUCUUUACUGUAACAGACCCCCGGAAUAUUUUGUUGUCUGAUGCCCAGCUAGAAAAUGCAAGAAAAAUUGUACAUGAUUACAGACAAGGUAUUGUGCCACCUGGCUUGACAGUAGAUGACUUGUGGAGAGCAAAAUAUAUCUAUGAUUCAGCCUUCCACCCAGACACUGGUGAAAAGAUGGUCUUGAUUGGCCGAAUGUCAGCUCAGGUACCCAUGAACAUGACUAUCACAGGUUGUAUGAUGACCUUUUAUAGAACGACACCGGCAGUGGUUUUCUGGCAGUGGAUUAACCAGUCCUUCAAUGCCAUAGUGAAUUACACAAACAGGAGCGGCGAUGCCCCAAUCACUGUCAGCCAGCUGGGAACAGCCUAUGCUUCUGCUACCACAGGUGCUGUUGCAACAGCUUUAGGACUUAAUGCACUAACAAAGCAUGUCUCACCUCUCAUAGGACGGUUUGUUCCUUUUGCUGCUGUUGCUGCUGCCAAUUGCAUUAAUAUUCCACUAAUGAGACAAAGGGAGCUCAAGUUUGGAAUCCCAGUCACGGAUGAGAAUGGAAACAGAUUGGGUGAAUCAACAAAAGCAGCUCAGCAGGCAAUUACCCAGGUGGUUAUAUCAAGGAUUCUUAUGGCUUCUCCUGGCAUGGCGAUUCCUCCCUUCAUAAUGAACACAUUGGAAAAGAGAGCCUUUUUAAAGAUCAGCCAAAAUGAACGAUUUCUACAGUGACUACUCAGUGGUCUUUGGUACCAUCCUGACCGUUUAUGCUCACCUGUUCCUCCCCCGCAGCCUCAGAGACUGUGAGUUCAGGUGAAACACUGCUCUACCACUAGUCAGUGAUAACACUUGGUAGAGAUUAGUAUUAAAACCAUCAAGGAAUGAGCUGCAUUUUUAACAAGCAGCUUCUGCAUGUCCUUUUGAGGUUUCAGAAGCACCAUCCCAUUUGCAGUGCUCCCAACACCAUCCACACAAUGCUUUACUAACUUGUUAUCCUCAGCCUUUGCUUUGCACACCAUCACUCUGGAAAAUAACUCUUGUAUGCCUGCCAAAGCUUAUUAAGCAACACACAAGGCCAGAACACAGGCAAAUGGUUGUGAAAUAGGGAUGAAAACAGAAUGAUGUUCUUCAAUGAGACAAGGAAAUAAAUGCUUCUGAAAUGCUGCUCUCAGUGACAGCAGGCUAUCAUCCUCUGAUGUUUGAAACAAGCUGCUUUGCAUGAGGACAUUUUGAUGGUAAUGCGAGUGUGAAUUAACAGUAUUGCCAAAAGUUGUUGCUAGAAAAUGGCAAGAAUGUUUUUAUAUCACAAGCAUAUACUUUCUGCUUCAAGAAGAAUUCAUUUCUUGACUCGAAAAAAUACUUCAUGUGUAUGUG